AGCAGAGUGUCGCAGGACUCGGGACAGAGGAUUCAGUUAUCACGUAGCCGCCGUGUGUGACGGACAGACGCCGAAGCCGUUCGGUCCGACUUGAAGUUUUUCGUGUGCCAAGUGCAUUCAAUUAACAUAAAAUUUGAGUUCCCAUUUACAUUCAGCCUCCAUAAAUUGGCAUGGCUGCGAAAAUCGUUGCCCACUUAAGAGGGCCCACAUUUAGCAGGCGCAGCAUCAGCAUUGUAAAUGCAGCAUUCCACCCUCAAGUGGCAAGAUGAAAAGGUACAAGUGUGCAUUCUAAAAAUAACAAACAACUCGAGUGAGAUAAAAACAGCAACUACUACAGCGACUGUCGAGGUAUAAAGUGCUAACGUAAACAGAGCCGCAGAAGGAGCGCAAACAAACAUCGGAGCAACCUAAAACGGCGAACAAACAGUGCUGAAGGUUGUCCUGCUGGAUCCUUGCGAUUCAGCUGCUGUAAGUGCGAGUGUGAGAGUGUUGGCCAAAAGCUCAAAAAAAAGAGCCAGGAGCAAGAGCAAAAAAUGUGCAAGUAAUGUGCAGCAAGUAAAGUGCAAUGCCAUCCGUGAAAUCCGCCGAAAGUGAGAUUCUUCUUGGGAUUAUUAGGAGCGACAGCAUGACGAACGGCAAUUCCUUGAGGUCCUGUCUUCUGCUGGCCACCAUACUGGGAUUACUCUGCCGGACCAAGGCUUUGCCCUUUGAGUAUGUAGAUGAGCACGAGGACUUCAACUACGACCUGGACACCGCCCAAUCCCAGGCCAAGUACGACGCUCGUCUGCUCUCGCAGCAGAUGCUCAGCGACGCGGAGCUGCAGCAGCAGAGGGGGAGCGGUGCACAGGAUAACGCCUUGGAUGCUGACUCACCCAUAGCUCAAGGGAUUGGAGUGGGAUCUGGCUUGGAUGCCGCCUCCUCUACCCAGGAGGACCUAGAGCCGCGCAGCAGGGCAGCCGCGUGCUUCACCAACGGCCACAAGUACACACACGGACAGAAGGUCCCCCGCCUCGAUGCCUGCGAGGUGUGUCUCUGCAUGGACGGCGAGAUCUUCUGCUGGUGGGAGAAGUGCGAUAAGGCCAAUGUAAACAAGGUGAGGGCGGCGGGAGAGGCGGUGUCGGGUGGCAGCCACAACGUCAACGUUGGACUUGGACUUGGUGGUGGUGUUGGUGGUGGCUCUGGCGUUGGCGAAGGCGUCGGCAAUGGCGAUGGCGACGGUGAUGGUGACUAUUCAGAUCCAUAUCGCCAAGAGAGCACAACGGGAAAGUCAACAAAAGUGCAUAAAGCGGCUAGGAAAGUUGGCAAGCGGCAUAAGCAUCACAAGAAUCAAAAGAAUUUUAAUGACUACGAAGUUUACCACAGCCAGCGGCAGAAGCAAAAGCAGAAGCAGAAGCAGCCGGAUUAUAAAAAGUCCACCAUAAAGCAACAGCUCCAGCUCCAGAUCCAGCAGAAACACAAGAACGCCGAUGGUGGCAACUACAAUAUAAUCAAGCAACACAAACACGAGCAGCAGCAGCAGCAGCAACACAAAAUGCCGCAACAUCAGCAGCAGCAGAAUGUGGCAGCUUUGUCUGUUAAUCAGCCAGCAAAGGCAACGCAUUAUCAGCAGCCAGCUUCGACAGCGCCCCCACCAUCGCCCCCGCAACAUAACUAUCAUCCUCACCAGCAGCCGCAUUCGGCCAGCAAAAUCCUGAAUUUCCCCGAAAACUUGCCAGCCGUGCUGUACUACGACUACAAGACCGAGGAGCACGAGCACCACCAGCACCAGCACCACCAGCAGCACUUGCUGCACGAGAAGCAGCGCCUGCUGCUGCAGCAGCAGCAGCAGCAAGAGGCGUUGGCACGACAAAAGGCGUCCGAGUCCGCAUCUGAAUCUGAGGCUGGAUCGAAAGCAGCAGCCACGGCAGAUGGUGAUGCAGCCGUUGAACCCAGCGUCGACUUGGCCGUUGAUAAAAACUUUGAUGAGGCGGAAACCGACAGCGAUAUUUUGCCAGAGCCGCCAACAAAGCAGCCCAAGGCAGCUGCCACACAAUGGCCAACUAGUAACAGCAGCAGCAGCACGGCCAAGGCGUUGAUGACAACCCGGGCAGUUGCCACAGUGGCAUCCACGUCUGCGACCACGACAACGACAACGAGAACGACAACGACAACGGCGACAGGAACAAAUGAAAUGCUGACAAGCACGCUGUCUGGGAUGGAGAAGUCCGGGGCCACAGUUGCAGCCACAAAUCUGCAACAUGAUCGCAAUGGACCUGACGCGGAACCCGACGACGCCUUCCAUCGAUGGCUGACAUCCACCGAGCUGAAUGCUGACAACACAAACUCGCUUGACGAUAACGUGGAGCAGGAAACGCCGGCAUCGACAAUAAUCGAUGAUGUUGGCAUGGCCAACAAGAGUGACAGGGGCAUCAGCAAAGACAAUGGCAACGAUGCCGUCUUCUUUCGCAGCUCGUACAACGAUUACAGCAGCGAAUUCAAUGGGAGCGUUGUCAAUAUUGACAUUACACUAACUGCAGUUGAUGUGCAUCCCCGUCGCCAAACGGAUUUAAUUGCAAAUGGCAACAGAACGUCAGGCGUUAACGACAAUGGCAACAGCAGCAUCAAGAGCAACACCAACAACGAGGAUGGAGCAGCAGGGACAACAAUGGACCCACAGGCAGCCAGUGGCAUCAGCAUCAGCAGCAGCAGCAGCAGCAUCAGCAAUCAGGAUCAACCUCAGCAGAGCCCUGUUGUUCCGCCGUACACCCUGACAACGAUUAUAACAACAACGCCGCUGGCACCAGGGCGUAUGUGCAAUGUUUUGGGCAAACUGUAUAAAAUUGGCGACAUUCUGCCACAGGAUACGGGCAACUGUCUGCAGUGCAUUUGCACGGAUGCCGUGACACCCGACGAGAUGCCGAGCGUCACCUGCAGUCCGCACAAUUGCCCACCGCUGGUCCUGCCGGAUCUAUUCGAUGCGACUGGUUACUGAGGUUACGGGUUUGUGCUGUAAGUUGGUGCAAGGAUAGCCGCGAAGUGGAGCUGAGCGGGGUGCCAGGUGCCGGGUGUCAGGUGUGCCAGGUGCCAGGUGCAACACCCCUGCGGCGGGUUUUAGGCAUGAGGUGUGGGAGUUUUUGAAUAGAUCGAAUCGUGAUUUAAAUUUUGAAACCGAAGCCACAACUGCAGCCAGCCAUAGGAAUCGAACCGAGUGGAGCUCUCACACUCACCGCACAACGGAUUUCGCUCUCAUAUUGCCCAUAUUCAAGGUCUCAACUAACUCAACUCAAUAUAAAUUGUAUGGAUUUCAGUGUAAAGCCCUCCCUAUCACGAGUGCCCCGAGCACUCUCUAAAAACGAAACCUAUCAGCAAGCAUAUAUUAUAUUCGUAUAAAACUCUAUAUAUAUAUAUAUAUAUAUUGAUCUAAACCGACCAGAGAGAAGGACGAGGGAUACCUCAGUUGAGGGGCAGUCUAGACUUAAGCUGAAUGUUUAUGCAUUUUAUAAGAAUCUGAAUUCAUCUCUCUCUCCACAAUGUAGUUGAUCGAAGCCCGAAUGCGAAAGCGAAAACGAAAUCGAAACCAUUAAAUGUAUACAGCAGUAGCAAUCGUAAUGAAUUUAUAGAUGUACCACAACAGAAACAUAUAUAUAUAUAUAUAUACAUAUAUCUAUAUCUAUACCUAUAUCUAUACCCAGGUGUGUAUUGAGUUCAGUUUGAAGAUUAUUUCCCGACUGAGACAAAAGCGUGUGGCGUUUUCAAUGCAUUCAACAAAAGGAGAAAGCCAAGCGCAAAAAAAAAAAAAUUAUACAAAAAUAUAGGCAACUAAAAUCUAUAACGAAAAAAACUGAACAAUGACAAAUAAUGAACCAACGUGUGUAAUAUUUUAAUUUUGAUAUUAAAAACAAACAAAGUGUUUCUCGUUUGCAUGCAUGAACUGUUAUUGUUUGGCGCUUCUUUUGAAAUUAAACUAUACGUAAUCUAUGAAUCGAAUAAUGAUGUAGUCUGUAUGGAAGUUGUUUUAACAAAGCUGAACUUGGCAAAGAAAGACACCAUAUCGAGUAGUUAUAACAAUUUUAAGACGUAACCCCUAUACCCUUAUACCCCCCUAUAUAUAAUACUUAGAAGCCCUCGAAUAGAUUCAGUGAAUUCAAAAUUUACAGCGACUUCCGAAAAGUUAUUGGUUUUGGUUUCUGGCGGCAAAGACACAGCAUUUAUUUCAAAGCAAGUUUAGGCGUGAUAAACUUUGAUUUAUUCGGAAGGGUUAAAUUAAGCGGAAAAAAUAUACUUGAAAAGUAGAAACAAUUUCGAUUAUAAGCAAAUCAAAAUAGGUACGAGCGAGUUCUUUAUAAGCCAGCUCGACCGGAACUAUAUAGAACUAUAUAUGAAACUAUGAAAUCAAAAUGCAACAUAUACGUACACACUCACACCCGUAUACACCGACCGUACACACCCAUGCAAGCAAACAUAAUAUUUAUUAUUGAUGUUCCACAAGAGAGAAACGCAAACGGAAGGGCAUCCUCGUAUAACAAAUUCAAUGAGAAAAAAAUAAAUAGAAAAUAGAAAAAUUCAUCUUGGACGAGCGUAUUAAAAAUGUAUACAAAUAUGCGUAUUUAUGUAUGUGUAAAAUAAAUGUAACUACAACUCUCAACUAAUCUGCAACUCGCACACUGAUGCACCAGCAUCCCUGUGUUUAAAUGGAAUUUGAAUUUGUGUUUGAAAUCAAAUUGAAAUCAAAUCGACAUGAAUAAACCGAAACCCAACUAAGGCA